UUUCUUGCUUCCCCUAGGAAGUCCCGCUUUAGUCUCUGCCUCGGUUCCGCCGGGUUCCUGCCUCCCAAUAUACACCCCGCCCCUAGAAUCUCCGCAAACUCCAUCCUUACAAAGCUCCACCCUCAGCUCUUCUACUACGGAGGAGAACAAUUAAGUCAGCAGCGUGCGGAGCAGCAACUCGGGGCCCAACUGAUGGCGCUGCAGAAACAAGUGGAGUUGCUGGAGGCCAAGCACGCCAUACAGGCGGAGGGCUUGCGGAAGGGCGCACAACGGACGGAGGAGGCCUGGGCCAGCUUCCAAGAGCAGAGCGGAGUGCUGCAGGAGCUGCAGGGUAAGGUGAUGGAAGCGGCGGCUGCGCUGGACGCCUUGCGGGGCGGUCUGGACCUCUGCGACUCUCAGCCUCCUCGCCGGGUGCAGGACUACGCGGGCUCCCUCAUGGAGGAGGUGGCCAAGGCCGACUGUGUGAGCACGCGCCGGGCCGGGGAGGGCUGGAGUCGGUACACGCCCCCACGGGGAUACCGUACACUCACGCGGGCCCGUUUCCCCACGGGGGCCCGUCAGAUCCGCCCCAACGGCCCCCGCCCCCUCUCGCACACUCACUGGACUCGCCCCCCACGAGAGACACCCUCAAUUCCCGGGGGACUGAUUACCCGCCCCUUCGUGAGACCCCGCGCCGCGCGCUUGCGAUGGAGCUGGACGCCCCUUCUCUCCCCGCAGCAGAAGCGGCUGUUCCGUGGCGCAGGCAUCAGGCUGUGGGUGCUGAGCGCGCUGCAGACGCUGUUUCUUCUCCCGCUCGGCUUCCUGGUGCUGCCGCUGCUCUACCUAGCGGUGGUCAACCCCAACGCCCUCCGCCGCGGGCUCUGGCGCCUCCGCUCGGACAGCGCCUUCCGCCGCCUGCGCUACACGCUGUCCCCGCUGCUCGAGCUGCGUGUGCGCGGGCUGCUGCCCGCCUAGGACUCAUCACGUCGGCCGAGGCCGCAGCCACCUUUGUCUCCCGUGUGGUUUCUGGGCGCCUGGGGGAGGCCGGCAGGAGACACCGGGGCGGGGGACGGAGGGUCAUGUGUCCCUCGGGGCCCAGCGACCGGCCCUGGCAUCGUGGCCUCCGGCUUGAGCCGGGCGCGCCCUCUUCCGGCGCCCACGUUUGGGCUGGCUCGCACCAAGGGGCUCCUCGGCGGCCCCUGCUGCUGCACAGGAG